UCAGCAUAUCAAUCAAGUCUCUCAAAGACAUGCCACCCCCUAGGAUGGUGUACCUAUAGCUUUGUGUGUAUUAUUACGACAUUCCUUGUGCGAAUCAUAUUCACCACCGGUCUCUGAUUGCGUUGCUUUGUGUAUCAGACGUCAUCAAUACAUACCAGCCAUCUCGAAGAGACUCAGCCUAUUACUUCUAUCGACAACGACAAGCUAUCUUCCGACCUGACCACCUACCCUCAAGAUGGCCGACGUAACAGCUCUAGAGAACCGUCUACCACCGGAGACCAAGGACGACAGCGCAAAGUCGGAUAUCUCCUUGAAGGAACGUUUCUUCCGCUAUUUCCAACAUGAAAUUACCGAUUUGCAAGAACAAAUGGACCGCCUCGCCGAUACGUCCUUGGUAGCUGGCGAGCGAUCAGAUGCUAGCGAUCAUUGCCUAGCAGGCAUCUCGAGGCUUUCCAACGAAAUCAAAGAUGCGUCCAGUUAUAUCCCUACGUACGAUCAGCGGAUAUAUGCCGAGGCAAUCAAAGCUUUACAGGAUAAGCUAACUGAAACACGCGCCGCUGUCCAACCGCGGGCUAAGUUUUCAUUCAAAACCAAAAAGAACCCCUCUGCCAUAUCACUGUCAGAUGCGGCCGAAAUCGCUGUUCAAGGGCGUCACCCCAUUCCUGAUUAUCUCACUCCUGAUGUCUCCUCCCGUGAAUCUUCUAUGAAUCCCACUCCCAUCUAUUCGUCAACUCCAGUGAAUGAGGUCGAACAACUACAAUUAAGGCCAGAAAUUGCACCAACCUCCUCACCCGCCAUCCUCGACGAAGGCAAGGUUAGUUCACUCCUAGAAAAGAAGUCAGACAUCCGCCGGCCUACUUUCUCGAACGCCUCCUCGGUAUCUGUAGACCAGCAUUAUGGACUUCACAUCAUGCUUCCUGAAUCCGCAUCAAAAGCGACUGUUCCGGCUUCCAUAACGUCUCUGCGUCAUUGUGUCGUGGACAUGUCCAUUCCAACCCAUGAUGGGAAGCCCUAUGCUAGCCUGGUGGUCAAAGACGUCAAGGAAAGUCUCCUUAUUAGCGGGCAAGUGGACGGGCCAGCACAUAUCACCGGAGUUGAGCAUAGCGUCCUAGUCGUCUCCUGCCGACAAUUCCGAAUGCACAACUGCGUCGACGUCGACGUCUAUCUGAGUUGCACUAGCAAUCCAAUCAUCGAAGACUGCAGCCGGAUUCGCUUCUGCCGGAUCCCCAAAAACUAUGCCCUUGAUCAAAACCAUCACGAAAGCGCCGAUAAAUGGGAUCAAGUCGAUGACUUCAAAUGGAUCAAACACGAACCCAGCCCCAACUGGAGUAUCCUCGACCCCAAUGAUGCCGUCCCUGAAGAGGUGUGGGCAGAAAUGGUUCCCGGUGGUCCUUGUUGGUCGCUCGAGGAUAUUCUUCGAGCAACCAAAGUUCUACGGGAGUGAAAUUGAUCACCAAACAAGAACUAACGAUAUGAGGGGGUGGUACUGAAUAUGCAUAGUAUACUUGAGA